AUGCCUCAAUGCAUUCAUCCCCUACCUUUCAACACUCCACCACCAAGCCAUAGUGCAAACACCACAGACAGUCCCGUAAAUCUAUCGCAGUUAUCACACUCUUCUUUCGACCUUCCAUUAAUCAUCGCUGAGGCAAAGGAAAGUCCGCCACAAGAUAUUGAAGAGGCCAAAUGUUUGCUGGCCCUCAUACGCGCGGACCGCAAAGUACAAAGAGCGGAAGCUCAGCUUGCAGACCGCCUGGUCACCAAGGACAAUGCUUUGACUGAGUAUAGUCAUCUUAAAGCGGCGAAGGCAUGGAAGAGAUUAGAUGAUGCUGAGCUGACGGUGGGAUGGGCGUGCUCAAUACUAUCAGAGAACAGGGUUCUCUAUCUCUGA